AACCUUUCCGCAUAUUAAAAUAAUAAUUAAAAUACAAUUAUUUUAAUUCCGUUUCUUACAUAAAUACACUACCACAUCAACAAACGCAAACAACUUUCGCUCAUACCUUUAUCUCCCAUCUAUACAUACAUUUCUCUCUGUCUAAAUAUUAUUCAUCUUAUUAAAUUUCGGUUCUAUUUUUAUUUAAUUUUCGGGCGCCUUUUUCGUGCAAAUGUCAAAUCAGAAUCAAAGCUUGGGCUCCUGUGAUUAACAACAGUUUUAUUCUUCGAUUAAAGGUGAAAUGGCGUCAGGCUUCUCCGGCGGAUACUCCGAUUUUUCGAUUUCCGGUAGCAUGAACACGAGAUCUGUCAACGAUCCGCGACGUCCGUACAUGUCGAAUCUGGCCGGAAUGGACUCCGACGUGUCUUCUCAGAUGUUUAAUCGGCGGCCUGAGCCGACGGGGAAGCGGUCUUUAUCGGAGUUUCAACAACACUUUCAACAGCAGCAGCAGCUGGCUCUGUAUUUAAGAAAUGUUAAACAGAGAGCUAGUUAUCAACAGAAUGCUUCGCCGAUAUCUCCGCUCUCGCCGCCGGUGGACUUUUACGGUCAUUCUCAGUCGCCGGAUAUUUCAUCGCUUUCGUCUAAUUCAGCCUACAGAAUUCCGAUCUUUCAGCAACUCCGUCAACAUCAACAACAACAGCAGCAACGACAACAACAUCAACAUGUUAAUAACAUGAUAUUAUCGGCCAAGCCAGAAGCUCCGGCCGAGAAGAAUAUGAUGCAUCGGUUACAAGAGCUGGAGAAGGCGUUACUAGACGACGAUGAGGAUCAGAACGACGUCGUAGCGGCAACUUCUGUUGUUACGAACAGCGAAUGGUCAGAUACAAUUCAGAGGCUAAUCGGAACGGAUCACACAACAGUAUCACCCUCACCAGCUUCUUCAUCAUCAUCGUGUUCAUCUCCAUCGAUUAUUUGCGCCAAACAGUCCUUAACGGAGGCCGCAACCGCGAUCUCUGAAGGCAAACUUGACAUCGCUAACGAGAUUCUCACGCGAGUGAGCAAAGUUUCCAACAAACAAGGCACGGCGGAGGAGAGACUGAUGGCGUACAUGUGUUCCGCCUUGAAAACGCGCCUGAAUCAAACGGAGAAUCCGCAAGACCUGUACGGAAAAGAUCAUAUGGCGUCUAUACAAAUGCUCUACGAAGUCUCGCCGUGCUUUAAGCUUGGAUUCAUGGCGGCUAAUCUCGCGAUACUCGAAGCUCUCCCUGACGAUGAAAACAAUGUCAAUCUCCACGUAAUCGAUUUCGAUAUCGGUCAGGCCGGCCAAUACAUCCAUCUACUUCACGCUCUCGCUGCCAAGAGGACAGCGAAUAGAGUAAUUGCUCUCAAAAUCACAACUUUUCUCGAUUACGCAACCGACUUAAAAGCUGUUGGAGAUGGAUUAAAAGUGCUGGCCAGCAAAGUCGGUGUUAAUUUAAGUUUCAGAGUCAUGAAUCUCAAUAUCAACGAUCUUAACAUCGGAUCAUUCGGUUUGGAAGUCGGCGAAAUUCUCGCCGUGAAUUUCGCUUUCCGGUUGUAUAAGCUCCCGGACGAGAGCGUCUCGACGGAGAAUCUCCGCGACGAGCUCCUCCGCCGCGUGAAGAAUUUGUCACCGAAGGUUGUCACGUUAGUUGAGCAAGAAAUGAACGCCAACACGGCGUCGUUUGUGGCGAGGGUGAACGAGACGUGCGGAUAUUACGGAGCAUUGUUUGAGUCGUUGGACGCGACGGUGCCGAGGAAUAAACCGGAGCGAGUUAAGAUAGAGGAAGGACUGAGUCGGAAGAUGAGCAACUCGGUUGCGUGUGAAGGUAGGGACCGUGUAGAAAGAUGCGAAGUGUUGGGCAAGUGGCGGGCCCGGAUGAGGAUGGCUGGGUUCGAGGAGAAGAGACUGAGUCAGAAACUCGGUGAGUCGUUACGAGUCAAGCUUAACUCGGGUACACGUGUUAACCCGGGUUUCACGAUCAAAGAAGAAGCUGGGGGGAUUAGCUUUGGUUGGAUGGGACGUACUCUCACUGUCGCAUCCGCUUGGCGUUAAGUGUUUUUUCAAAAAAAAUAUAUUAAUUAAAUUUAACUCGAAUUUAAUUUAGGAUAUUUAGUUAUUUACUGUCAAUUGUAAUAUUAGUAUUCGAGUAGAAAUGAUCAAAUGAGAGCUGUUUUAAAUGAAUGUUAAUUUCUGAAUUUAAAUAAAAAUUCGUGAAAUUUGUGGUGUUUA